AUGUCUAUCGCAACAGUCGGAAGCAGUAGAGAAAACUCACCUGGAGCAUGUGAUAGUAACAUGGACAUUGCGCCAGAGCUCAAGGCCGCUUUCGAGGUUUUUGAACGAGAGAAAAAAGACGAUGUGAUUGAAAUUUCGCAGCUUGGCGAUUGUCUUCGCAUGACUAAUCUAGUCAUUACGGAAACUUUUCUUGAAGCACAAAGAAAGAGACUAAAAGAUGACGAGAUUCCAUCGAUUGAUUGGAAUCUCUUUGCUGGGAUUUAUAGUGCCGCUUCUGGAGAGGUUCUAGCAGAGGAUACUCUUGGUGAAUCGUUAAAGACGCUAGAAGUGGCAAAAAUCUUCGAAGAUGGAACGAUAGGCCGUAGAAUAAAAACCUCGCAUCUGAGAGAAUUUCUGACGACAUUUGGGGAUGAUCCUCUCACAGAGGAAGAAGCGCAAGAACUAAUUCAAGACAUGGACCAACUGCUGCAAGGGGAAGUGCAGUCAGAUGCAGUGGCGAUGGAACUGGUUCAUGGCAUGCCACUCGACGAGUUCUGA